AUGUCUACGUGUCGUCACCAUGUCGUGUCUGUAGUACUCGGAUACGAUACGAACGAACAUCAGAGCAGCAGCGCCGCCAUGAACCAGCACGUGGGCAAGAAGCUCCCGGGUACAUCGAAGACAGCCUCUGAAAAUCUAAACAAGAAAUGUCACGUGCAGCUCGGCGAGCCUGGCACGAAGAGAGCGUUCGCAACCUCCAGCAAACUUGCAGAUCCAACCGGAGAAGUGUCCAAGUACCGAGGAGAACUAGCUAAGGAAACCAAGGACUUGCUCAUGCAGACAUCUUCUUGUUACGGACACGAUGUUGUACCGUACGUAUCGUCGACGCAACUCGCUACGCAAUGGGGCAAGCAGGCCGUGGAGGAAACGAUCCGACUGCGAAAUGAGAUUCGAGCUCGAACAGGCCCGCGACCGACUCGAGGCAUGUCCUAUGAUGACGAGAUUGAGUACGUCUCGGAAGCCAAGAGUGCAUACGAGAAUACGUUCAAGAUUCACAAGCCUUCGACGAUGGCUGCGUCUGUCAAAAAUGAUUUGCGCUCAACACACUUUUCACUGGGGCACGAGAUGUUGGACUACAAGACAUCGAGCCAUAUUGCGCACCUCUCUUCAGACCAGUUCGCACUUUACGGUACUCGGGCUCCACCACUCCACGAUCUGAAAAAGUCAACGGUGGAAAUCUCGUGA